UCUUCUAGGUACUUUUACAUUAAUCUUAUAAUUAUUUGGCUCAAAAGUAAAAACUAUAACUAUAGCCCAGUUGCGCUGUUUACCAUUUCUCUUGUCUGUUUGUUUGUUUACCCAGAUUUUUUCUUCUUUCCGACUACCACCAAGAAAUUCGAAACACCCAGUUUUAUAUCGUCUCAAAAGACACACUCAUACUCUAGUAUAAUACCAUUCUCGACUUUAUAUUAUACAUUUCAGGCAUCCCUUCUCUCGAUAUGGAACCUCAAGAGCCAAUUCUUCCACUCCCUGAUGUGGAAGCUUCACCACAUGUUUCCACCACACAUGCCCCAUUGGUUGCACAGUUUGAAGCAGCAAAAAGCCGUCUCCUAGAAAUAAUCAGCAUGAGGGAGAAGACACCCACCGUGAUUAGUGCUUCCACUGAGUCCAGGGCGAAGGCUCUCCUGGGUCAGUGGGAGGCUCUACCACCUAUCGUUGACUCUAGUCUUGCCUCUCGUUGGGCAGAUGAGAUUAAUGAUCGUCUCAUCGAAAUGAACGAGCGGCUCGCGGAUGAUGCCAAGUAUGCAUCUGCUUUUGCCCGGUUAGAGGACCUUAACAUCAUGGUUUUCCAGCUACGUUAUAGCGACUACAUGCCAUCAUAUAAGAACGACGUAUACAACGAAGUGAAAGGUCCUUCUACUCGAAUCACCCCAACUCAUGUUGUGCCCUUGGAGUCCGACGAAUCUGAAAAGGAAGCACUCACUUUCUUUGAAAACGAGGAGUGGCCAGUCAUUCAUGAUCGCCUCGUGAAGGAGAACGGCCCAGUGACCACAGCGGAGUUUCCAAAGAACCCUUGGGCUCCACAGGCGCCUUUGGUUCAAUUAAUUCGAGCGCUGGCCGUGCGAACAGAAACUAAGCCACUGGAUAUUUAUCAAUCAAUACGCAUAUGUUCGGAGGGAAGGCACUCCUACGUGGUUUAUAAACAUUGGUUCCCAUUCAACAUAAACGAUCAACCAAUUUCUAUGGGAUUGAGGAUUCAGAAGGAUCUCGCAGGUCUCUCAUCAGCGCCAUACAUUUGCCGCCUUGAUAUAGGCUCAAUCAGAGCAACUAUUCUCCAGGUUGCUAAUAAGUACUUUGAGAUAUUCGUAUGGUCAGAUGAAUUACAAACAUGUCUAGAAUAUAAAUUAAGAAAUUAA